AUGACUGUCCCCGAAAUUGCAGACGAGCAGGGUGAAUCUCAGUCCGAUUCUUUCUAUUACAAUGCCGAAUUCUAUGAUAUUUAUACCUCCAAAUACAUGAUUGACCCGACAGACACGAGGAUCUACUUCGAUCAGCUGCGGGCAAGCCAUCGCCAGCCGAUUGUUCUGGACGUUGCAACUGGCACAGGCAGAAUCAUCAAAGGCCUCAUUGAACAUGCCACCCAGGUCGGGCACGAUUGGAGCCAAACCACCCUGAUCGGUCUUGACAACUCGGCCCCGAUGCUCGACAGAGCUCGAAAAUCCAUCCUGGCCCCGAAGGCUGGGAAUUUGACGUGGAUGCUGGGAUCUGCCUUUGAACUCGAAGCAGCUUUGACUGGAAUGCCACUCCCAGUUUCCGCCGUCGAUCUCCUGAUUCUGUCUUUUGGCACCAUCACGCAUUUCACCGUUGCAGGCCAGGGGCAGCAAUUUUUCAACCAAGUUGCGAAAGUACUACGCCCGGGUAGCGGACGCGCUGCUGUAUCCUUCUAUCGUUCUUUUGAGAAAACGGGCCAACCGGUCAGGCUGCCAGGCCCGGCCGAUACUGGAAGGAUUCCCAGCCAGCAACGUCCUGGCAUCACUUAUCAGGAAGUGUUGCUAGAGACCAACACCCUCGACGACGUGUACAAGGAAUCUCGCCAGAUCACUGUGCGCGAUCAUGAUACUGUUCUCGAGCAGAAUGUCGUGACCACGGAGUGUGGUCUAUGGACGGAAGAAAUGGUGAAGCGAAUGACAGAUGUGGCUGGGUUAAGGGGCCUGUACCAAGUUGUCCUUCCGACUGAAUUGAUCUGGGUAUUUGAGCGGUCCUAA